CCAGGACUGAGGAGAGUUCGGGAACUGGGCGCAGCAGAGACGGAACCAUUUACCCUGGAGAAGAUUUUAGUACUCCGCUUUUUUCCUGCUUUGAAGCAAAGAUCCACCACGCCCGGAGCUCUGCCAUCAGGGGGUUGUGACUCAGAAGUUAUUGCACAAAGUCGAUUUCCUCUUCACCAGAGGACCAGAUGCCUUGAGAGCAACUGCUGCACUUCCUCAAAGUGACUAGAGUUUGUCCGCAGGUGAGGUGGUGUUCGGGAUGACGCUGAGCUGCGUGGGGACGUGCUGCCUCAGUCCGGAGGCCAAAGAGGCUCGUAGGAUCAACGAUGAGAUCGAGAGGCAGCUCCGGCGGGACGAGAAGGAGUCCCGGCGGGAGUAUAAACUCCUGUUGCUGGGAACUGGUGAAAGUGGAAAGAGCACUUUCAUCAAACAGAUGAGGAUCAUCCACGGCUGUGGAUACUCCGAAGAGGACAGAAGAGGCUUCACCAGACUGAUCUUCCACAACAUCUUCACAGCUAUGCAGGCCAUGAUCCAAGCCAUGAGUGCAUUACAGAUCCCCUACAAGUAUGAGCACAACAAGGCAAACGCCGCUGUGGUCAGCAGGGUUGAUGUGGAAAGAGUGACAACAUUAACAAAGCCAUAUGAGGAUGCCUUGAAGAGCCUGUGGAGCGACCCAGGGAUUCAGGAAUGUCACAGUCGGAGGAGGGAAUACCAGCUCUCAGACUCAGCCAAAUACUAUCUAGAUGAUUUGGCCCGAAUUGCUGAUAGUGCUUAUUUGCCAAGCCAACAAGACGUCCUGAGGGUACGAGUGCCCACAACGGGUAUACUAGAGUACCCAUUUGACCUGGAGAAAGCGGUGUUCAGGAUGGUGGACGUGGGCGGCCAGCGAUCUGAGAGGAGGAAGUGGAUCCACUGUUUUGAAAAAGUCACGUCCAUCAUGUUCUUGGUGGCGCUCAGCGAGUAUGAUCAGGUCCUCGCUGAGUCCAGCAAUGAGAAUCGAAUGGAGGAAAGCAUGGCUUUGUUCAAGACGAUCAUAACCUACAAGUGGUUUGAAAAGUCCUCAAUCAUCUUGUUCCUCAACAAGAUGGAUCUGUUGGAGGAAAAAAUCAUGCACUCGCAUUUGGUUGACUACUUUCCUGAGUACGAUGGUCCCCAGCGGGAUGUCCAAGCAGGAAAAAAAUUCAUCCUGGACAUGUUUUUCAGCCUGAACCCGGAUGAGGACAAACUCAUCUACUCCCACUUCACGUGCGCCACGGACACGGACAACAUUCGAUUUGUCUUCUGCGCGGUGAAGCACCACAUCUUGCAGAUCAACCUGGAAGAACAAAACUUGGUUUAAACUCCGAUGUUGCCUUCUGUAAUUUAAUCGUCUGCUUGCAGCUGGCGGUCGGGCGGACCCUGCGCCGCCGCUGCUCUGCUCUAUAAUCCAAAACAGGAAAUUGAGAAGCUUCAGAGCUUGCCAUCAAAUGACUGUACUACUGAUGCAUUUCAAAUUUUCUUGUUAAGAAUCCGUAAAUGGAUGUCUCCAGCUAUUAUUAUGAAGUGUGACCUGCCAAUUAAAGUGCUGCCUCUUGGAGGAGACUGAUAUAGCUGGCGUUCUGAAAUUCAUGGAGCUCUUUGUGGACGUUUUUUGAGCAGCGUGAAUGAACACUGGCUGAUUAAUUGGAGGGGAGAGUAGUGAAGUGGCCUCAAAUGCCUCGGAGAACUCGAGAUGGGCUAGAUCUUCUCCUUCAGAGUAACUGUGGGGUUGAGCGUGGACUACACACACCGCAACAUCUCACAUCAUUAAGCCAACUUGUUCGGUUUUCCUUUUGAGUCAGAAACCCGUUUGGAUUGCUUUCUUUGUGUCCUGACUGAAGGAGAACUUGUCAUAAUCGACACAAAUGGAACACUUCAUGUAAAACAUUUCAUGCAUUUAUUUUAGCAUGUGUGAUCACUUUUGCCACUGAGUUUCACUCGAUCCAGUUACUUGUGUGGACAUCACCAGUAUGGUUUUAGUGGAUUUUAAAGGAACGGUCACAAACCUGUAGAUUCAUUUCUUUCAAGGACUGUUUGCUUUUAAAGACCAAGUUCACUAAUUUUUUCAACACAUUUGCAGUGGUCUCUAGGGUAAAUACAUUCUUUGUGAGACGAUUGCUGAGGUAAAAUAAAAGCUCUGGUGCUCCUGUUUCAGGAACUAGAAGUGAGCUGGAGCUUCAAGGAGCAGCAGAUGGUUGGUUUUGAAGUCUAAUUUCCUGAUGAUUAGACAUUUUGCCUCUGAUUGGCUAACAGCAAACAAACUACCACUGUUUUUGUUUUCUUUCCAAUGUUGGUGUUUUAUCUCCACAUUAACACAAGCCUGGAGGGGUUCUGUCAUGUUGUAGAAGUGCUAAUGCUAGUGGUUAGCUUCUACUAGCUGGGACGCUCUCUGCUCUCCCCUUGAUGCUAAAUCAACAACAGCAUUCCCCGUCACGAGCCAAGAUGAGUGAGGCCAUGAAUGCUAACUUGACAUUAUGACGUGCAAUUUGUUAUGUCCGGCCGUUGCACCAGGAAGUGGUAGGAAUUGGCAGAAUUCCUUUUCCAACCAUUAUUUAACCUGCAUCACAUUUAGCAGUCAGACAUCCAUGUUUAUGGCCCAAUCUCAAUACUUUCACUGCGCCCUGCCAUCUUCAGCAAAGUGUACUUGGAGAAAGUGCACAGUAAGGCUUCGAGUGUGUGCUACACAAGUGUGCAAAUAAUUGCUGAAUUGAGACAGGGAGCAUUGUGUCAUCCAUCGCGAUGCGUGCCGAGAUGCUGGUCGCUGUGAAACAAAAAAAAAACUUAACUUUCAAACAAUUAUUUGAAAUUAUUUUACAUAAGUUUCUACUUUGUCUAAAGGUUUUAGAGCAUCAACUAAUUGUCCUAAAAUGAACUACUUUCACUAGAAAAUACAUAUGUUCAGAAAGGGAACUUGAGCCUUUUCUCCCGCAGCAAUGGAUUGUAAUACACUUCACCCAAAUCCGCAUCAAUGCAGACCUGGGUGAAGGGUGAAUCGAGGGUGCAAGAGGGGCGUAAACAACUUCCACACUUGAGAAUCGGGACACCCUACGCACUCGCACCCCCGGUCGGGAUCGUGCAAUUGAAGGGCGCAAGUGUGGAAGUGCGAGAAUUGAGAUUGGGCACUUGUCUCUCUCUCUCUC